GGAAACACACACACAACGUUUAUGUCGAAGAUGUUUUGAAAAGAAGAAAUCCAUACAAAUAAUAAGCGAUAAACCCCGCUACUAUGAAGAGUGUUUUCGUCCUUGCUGACCAAGCCUGGGUGGGUUCUAACCUGCUGUACAAGUGGCAGAAAAGCCUUGGUAACUACAUCGCUGUUGCAGGACAGGAUAACUCAGUGAAGAUAUUUGAUCGACAUGGAAACAAAUGGACGGAACUAUCUCUUCCAGGACGCUGCGUGGGCAUGGACUGGGAUAAGGAUGGAGAUAUUCUGGCUGUGAUUGCAGCAAAGUCCAGCUCCAUCUUCCUCUGGGAUGCCAGUGUCAGUAAAACAUCCCAGAUAGAUAGCGGAAUGAGCAAAGACCAGAUGUCGUUCAUUUUGUGGUCAAAGGCAGGUCCUCUGUUGGCUGUGGGGACAGCUAAAGGAAACCUGUUGAUCUACAACCAGCAAACAUCUCGCAAGAUCCCUGUUCUGGGUAAACACACCAAGAAAAUCACCUGUGGAUGCUGGAGUUCUCAGAAUCUGCUGGCUCUAGGAAGUGACGACCACAGUCUGAGUAUUAGUAAUCAUGAGGGGGACACCAUCAGACAGACAUCGCUUCACGGAGAACCAGCAGAAAUGUACUUUUCUGUGAUGAAAACGGAUGAGAGGUCUUCUCAAGGGGAGAACACUGUGAGCGUGGCUGUGGACAAGAAGAUACUGACGCUUGUCAACGUCAAUGACCCUCAGAACCCGAUAGAGCUGACUUUUCAGCGGCGCUAUGGCAACAUCGUGUCCUACCGCUGGUACGGCGAUGGGUAUAUACUCAUCGGCUUCUCAAAUGGAUAUUUCGUAGGUAUCUCUACUCACAUCAGAGAGAUUGGGGGGGAGCUCUAUCAGGCGCACAACCACAAAGACAGUCUCAACAGCGUGGCCAUCUCGCCAGCCCUAAACAAGGCCGCGACCUGCGGCGACAACAGCAUAAAGAUCUACGAGCUCUCUGAUCUCAAUGACAUCAGCAGCAUAGUCCAGCUGGAUGAUGAGACCAAAGGUCUCGAUCAGAUGAGCUGGACAGAUGAUGGUCAGCUGCUGGCAGUUUCCACGCAAAAAGGGACUCUUCACGUUUUCCUAACCAAGCUCCCCAUCCUGGGGGGCAGCUUUGGCACGCGGAUGGCCUACCUCACCUCCCUGCUGGAGGUGACCGUCUCCAACCAGGUGGAAGGGGAGAGUCCCGUUGCCAUCGAGGUGGAGGUAGAGCCCACGUUCAUCGCAGUGGGGCCGUACCAUGUGGCCGUUGGGAUGAACAACAAAGCCUGGUUUUAUGCCCUGGUAGACCAAAAGCCUGGUUUCAACAAGCUAAAGGACGUGGAGUAUUUGGGGACGAUAGCCAGCAUGUGCCUGAACGCGGACUACGCGGCGGCGCUGUUUGAAGGAAAGGUGCAGCUGCACAUGAUCGAAGGCAAAGACCAGCAGGAGAGGAAGCAGAUGAAGCUUUUCCCGGACGAUGACAGAAAAGAUCGCAUCCUUUGCCACGCCCUCACCGCCGAUUUCCUCUACUACGGCACCGACCAAGGCAACGUGGUGUGUGUGUUUGUGGAGGACCUGGAGGCGGUGAGUAGCUACAGCCAUCCAGUCGGCGUGAGGAAGGUGUUCCCCGACGUAAAUGGCACGCGGCUGGUGUUCAUCGAUGACAAGAAUGACGGCUUCCUUUUCUCACCGUCAAACGCUACGGCCUCCUGCUUUGAGCUGCCCAACUUCUCCCCCACCAUCACAGGAGUGCUGUGGGACAACUGGCAUUCGGACAGAGGAGUGUUUGUGGCCUAUGACGAAGACAAGGUCUACACCUACGCCCUGCAUAAAACCACCAUAUACGGCCCCCAGGUGGUGUCGGUGGGCAGCACUGCGCUGCUCUUCUCCCAGAAGCCUUUGCUCUUGUACAACGGCGACCUGACGUGUCAGACGGCAAGCGGUAAGACCAGCGAGGUGGCCCUCAGCACGCACUCCUUCCUGAAGCACCCAGCGACGGACUCGGCAGAGGAGCUCAGCAAACAGCUGGCUCAGGCUCUCAUGCUCAAAAGGUUCCAUGAGGCAUGGCGCCUGUGCAAGUCUGCGGGCAGCGACGCCGACUGGACCGAGCUGGGCAAAGCCUGCCUGGUCAACAUGGAGGUGGAGCUGGCCAUCCAGGUGUACCGCAUGAGCGGCAGCAUGGGCAUGGUGCUGUCCCUGCAGAGCCUCCAGGGCAUCGAGGACAAGAACUUGGUGGCGGGACAUUUGGCCAUGUUCCUCGGAGACUACAACCUGGCCCAGGACCUUUAUCUGUCCUCCAGCAGCCCCAUCGCUGCGCUGGAGAUGAGAAGAGACCUGUUGCACUGGGACAGCGCUCUCAUGUUGGCCAAGAGGCUCGCAGAAGACCAGAUCCCAUUCAUAUCCAAAGAGUACGCCGUGCAUCUGGAGUUUAUUGGAGAUUAUGUGAAUGCGCUGGCACAUUAUGAGAAAGGCAUGACACACAACAAUAAAUUCCAGGAGCACGACGAGGCGUGCCAGGCCGGCGUGGCCAGGAUGUCCAUCAGGAUGGGGGACAUCAGGCGAGGAGCCGCUCAGGCCAUCCAGCAUCCUAGCAGAAUCCUCAAAAAGGAAUGCGGAGCCAUACUGGAAAGCAUGAAGCAAUUCUCUGAAGCUGCUCAGCUCUUUGAAAAGGGCCAGUAUUACGACAAGGCUGCCUCUGUGUACAUCCGCUGCAAGAACUGGGCCAAGGUGGGGGAGCUGCUUCCAAACGUGUCUUCCCCUAAGAUCCACCUGCAAUACGCAAAGGCCAAGGAGGCGGACGGCAGGUACAAGGACGCAGCUCAGGCCUACGAGAGCGCCAAGGACUGGGACAACGUGAUCCGCGUGCUGCUGGACCACCUGAACAACCCCGAGGACGCCGUGCGCAUCGUCAGGGAGACGCAGAGCAUCGACGGGGCAAAGAUGGUGGCCAGGUUCUUCUUGAGGCUGAACGACUACGGCUCAGCUAUCCACUUCCUGGUUCUGUCCCAGUGCAACGAUGAGGCCUUCCAGCUGGCCCAGCAGCACGGGCAGAUGGAGGUCUACGCGGACAUCAUCGGCCCCGAAGCUACACAGGAGGACUACCAGAGCAUUGCUUUGUACUUUGAAGGAGAGAAAAAGCACCUGCAGGCUGGAAAGUUCUUUCAGAAGUGUGGGCAGUACAGCAGAGCCCUGAAGCACUUCCUGAAGUGCCCCAACACAGAGGACAACCUGGCUAUCGAAAUGGCUAUCGAGACGGUGGGCCAGGCCAAGGACAUCGCUUUGACCAAUCAGCUGAUAGACUACCUGAUGGGUGAAAGUGACGGGAUGCCUAAGGAUGCAAAGUACCUGUUCCGUCUUUACAUGGCUUUGCAACAGUACAGAGAGGCAGCUCGCACCGCCAUCAUCAUCGCCAGAGAAGAGCAGUGCGCAGGGAAUUACCGAAACGCCCAUGACGUGCUGUUCAGCAUGUAUACCGAGCUGCAGGCCCAGAAGAUUAAGAUCCCGGCUGAGAUGGCCACCAAUCUGAUGAUUCUCCACUCAUACCUGCUGGUCAAGAUCCACGUGAAGAGAGGGGACCAUUUAAAGGGAGCGCGGAUGCUCAUUCGUGUCAGCAACAACAUCAGCAAGUUUCCUGCGCAUGUUGUCCCCAUUUUGACGUCAGCAGUGAUUGAAUGCCACCGAGCCGGCCUGAAGAACUCCGCCUUCAGCUUCGCCGCCAUGCUGAUGAGACCGGAGUACCGAAACGAGAUCGACGUCAAGUACAGGAAGAAGAUUGAGGCUAUGGUCAGGCGUCCAGACACAUCAGAACUUGAGGAGGAAACCACUCCGUGUCCCUUCUGUGGCUUCCAGCUGCCACAGAACGAGCUCCUGUGCAUCUCCUGCAAGAACAACCUCCCCUACUGCAUCGCCACGGGUCGUCACAUGCUAAAAGAAGACUGGUCCAUAUGCCCUCAUUGCGAAUUCCCAGCUCUCUACUCACAGUUCGUCCUGUUGCUGGAAACUGAGACGGUGUGUCCCAUGUGCUCUGAGCAUCUGAGCGCCACGCAGCUGAAGAAGAUCUCCGACUGCUCCAAGCACCUGCAGACUAAUGACGUGGACCAGUGACGGAGGCAGAUCAAGUCUAAAAUCGAUUGAAUUAGGUUCCGCAGUUAAGUCAAAGUUCAUGUAAUUUUCCUUUUUUUGCAUAGUUUUUGAAUAUUUACAUCAAUCUGUUUUCAUAUCUGUAAAAAACAAAACUGAAAUGUUUCUUGUUAUAAUUGUGAAUUUUUAAUACAAUCUUUUUUCUAAAAAAACAAACACUUUUUUGGAUGGUAGUGUCCAUUUCCACCCGUCAGAUCUCCAACCGCCCGUUUGUCGGCUUAAAGGCUGCAGCGUAAACGUGUCUGCUGUUUCAACACCUUGAUUCAUGUCAAGAACGGUUCUGUGGGAGAAAACGGCGGUGCGAAGGGUGCAGCUUGAGGGCGUGUUGUCAGGGAAACACAAAAAUAAAGAGGAAACCAAACCCUGGUGUGACUUUUCUGUGAUGGAAACUGCAAAUGAAGAUUAUUUCCAGUUUUUCUACUUUGACCUGUUUACAGAUGAUUUCUUAUGAGGUAGGGGGUGGCUUGAGAGGCCGUAACCAUAGUAACCAUCUCCAACUGGAAUGUGAAUAUCUUUUAAACUAGGUGAGCUAAUUGUGAUAUAAGUGCAAAUACCUUAAAGAAAGGCGUUAGCUCUCCUGAUCUGGUUUAAUCAAAUGGAUACCUACCUGAUACAGAAGUUGUGCGCACGUGGCUGUGUUCCUCUUCGUUUGGAAACCAAAAAAACAAACCAAAAAAACAGACAAACGCUCAUGAGCAGCAUAUUUCUCUAUUAGAAAAGGGAAAUUUACAUGUAAAUAGUAGUUAACGGCUACUUGGUCGGGGCUACAUUAUUUACAUCUGAAGGCUGAAGCAAUGCACGUCACUCCUAAUGCACAGACAUGAUAACAGGAAAAGGUUUGUUCACUAUAGAGACACCAUUAGUUAAAGGGAAAGAAAAGACGUUUCUUAGCCAAUAAACCGAAUAAGGACAGAUGGGUUAUAUGUCCGAGCAGAAGACCCGUCUCUACUUCUGGGUGUUAACCUGAUGAACUGACUAAUG